AUGCGCCAUUUUAUUUUGUUAGUUUGUUUAACUCUGGGUGUUGCUGCAUGGGAUGAGGACGACUUGGAAGUUUUUGACGUGGUCGAAGAAGUGAAUCAAAAUUUCUAUGAACUAAUGGGAGUUUCUCAGGAUGCCUCCCAACAAGAAAUUAAGCAAGCCUUCAAGAAGUUAACAUUAAAAUUACAUCCAGAUAAAAAUGACGCACCUGAUGCUGAUGUUCAAUUUAGGAACUUGGUAUCAGUUCACAAUAUUCUCAAAGACCCAGGGAAAAGGGAGAAGUACAAUGAAGUUCUUAAAAAUGGUCUUCCAAAUUGGAGAUCAGCCAUCUACUAUUACCGACAUGUCAGGAAAAUGGGCCUGGCAGAGGGAUCACUUAUAUUAUUCAUUAUUAUUACUUUUGGCCAAUAUUUGGUUGGCUGGGCAGCAUAUGCUGAGAAGAAAUAUACAGCUGAGCAAAUAUUAAACUCGAGAGGUCGAAAGCAAAAAAGAUCUGGAUUUGAGUCUGGCUUAGCGGAAAUUCUAGAACAAUUACCAAAACCCAGUAUAAAGGAUACACUCCCAUUUCAAAUACCAAGAGCCAUUUGGUGGUCAAUCACAGCUAUACCUUGUGCAAUUGCUGCCUAUAAGGAGAGAAGGCAGCAGGAGCUAGAAGAAGAGAAGAGACAAAAGAAAAGAGAGGAAGAAGAACGCGCCCGUGAGGCGCGCGAAGCAGCCGCUGCUGAGAGUCGUGCUGCUAGUGGACCGGUCCGUAGGAGACGCGGUUUCGUCCCCCCAGAGCGAGACUGUAUGCUGGACCCGGCUGAUGAGCCAGAGCAGGACGAGAAUAUCAAGGAAACCAAAGCGCCAGCGCAACCUAUCAUCUCAGGUGGUCUAUGGACGGAUGAUGAUUUGGCGGAGCUGGUUCGUCUAGUGAAGAAAUACCCUCCCGGGGCACCGGAGAGGUGGGAGCGUAUAGCAGACAGCAUGUGCCGGUCAGUUCCGGAGGUGACGCAUAUGGCUGCUAAGCUAAAGGAGAACUGCUAUAAGCUGCCCGCUCAAGAGACUACUGAGCCUCCGCCAGAACCACCUAAAAAGGUCAAAACUCGCAAGACAGACGACAUAUCACCAAAUUCAGCAAGUAACUGGUCUCAGAGCCAGCAAAAGGCUUUAGAAAGUGCUCUAGCGAAACAUCCAAAAGGAGGGGCCGGGGACAGGUGGCAGAAGAUAGCAAAUAAUGUCCCCGGGAAGACCAAAGAGGAAUGUAUGCAGCGGUGUAAAUACCUAUCAGACAUGCUGAAAAAGCAGAAACAAAAAGAAGAAGAAGAACAAAACGGCGAAGAAGCAUCCCACGAUAAAGAAGACGAGCCUCUCUUGUGA